UAUCUCAACUGUGCACCGUGUCACAGUGUCUUCCGUGGAAUAACUGUGCUACCUCAGCAGUGUUUGUGUGGUCUGGUGUGAUGUGGAUGUGUUUGUGUGUGGUGUCCUCUUUCUUCGCGCACAACAAGCCAGAGUGACCAGAGAUUAAUUAUUCAAAGACCGACAGCCAAAAAGGGAGUCACCCGAUAGCCUGGACUUACAAUAUUACAACCUGAUAUCAGGUGAAACGAAGACCUUGUUGCUUCACCUUCUGUUCUGCUGCCUUCUCGCCUUCCUCUCUUGGUUUCAUUUUUGAUUCUCCUGCGCAAGAAGACUUGAAAGACAACAACCCUCCAACAGCCAGUUUGUCUCCUUUGUACAGUCUCUUCAUCUGGUAACACUUUUUCUGAUUUUUUCCUCUUUUGUUUUUUGUUGCCAAUGCUUGUCACUAACAAGCAGUUGAGUCUUGGACGCUCCCACAGUUGGGACACGUUAGGGGGUAAUGAGGGUCAGUGGGAGAGGGCUGACGGUGUAUACGAGCAGCAGGCAAGAGUAGCGGGCCGCCGGAGCUCUCUUUCAUACGGAGAAGGAGGAGGGUGGUACGAGCCUCCACCAGGGGUGCGUCCCCCUGACCUGGAUUUGAAACGCGACCCGUAUUCCUACCAAGACUCCGUCUACGGACAGGUCUACGCUGAGCGGCUCGACCCAAGAGGGCUAAGGAAAGGCUCUGUUCCAGAUUUAAACCACUACGAACGAACAUCCAUGGCUCACCGAGGAUCCAUUCCGCAUCAGGAUUACUAUUCCCAUGACCCCGCCAUGACUCCACGUCCACCUGAGGGCUUUUACCGGGCAGAGCACCAGCCUCCACCGCCUCACCCUCAUCCGCUCAGUAGGUCAAGCUCUCAUUUUGGGAUGGCACCUGGGGCUCGCGCUGCAUGGGAUCAAGGUCAGGCAGGGAGAGCGGGGCCUCCAGCCCCUCCAUCACCUCUUCCUCCUCCUCCUCCUCCUCCCACCGCUCACGAGAUGAGUCGGGCUUACAGGGAACCUGGUGCUGUUGCCAAGAUGAUGCAAGAUGGCCAACAGCGUGUUCCCUCCCGAGAACCUUCUCCUGCUCACUAUGGUGUGGAACAUUCGUCUCCUAGGUACGGCAGCGAGCCUCCACCUCUGGCUGGCCAGCCAGUUUAUACAGAUGUCAAUGGUCGCCCAUUGGAUACACAGCAGCAGGCAGCUACUUGUCUAGUAGUAGACCCUACCAGUCAAGGCAUGGUUAUGAGGCAAGAAACUGCCUCACCGUACACCAUUCAACAACAACAGCAAUUGCAACAGCAGCAACAAAUACAGCAGCAACAACAGCUGCAACAGCAGCAGCAACUUCAGCAACAACAGAUACAACAGCAACAGCUACAACAGCAACAACUGCAACAGCAGCAACUCCAGCAGCAACAGUUACAGCAACAGCAGCUCCAGCAGCAACAGAUCCAGCAGCAACAACUUCAGCAACAGCAAUUGCAACAGCAACAGCUUCAACAACAGCAGCUUCAGCAACAACAGCUUCAGCAGGAUCAGCUGCAGCAGCAGUUGCAGCAGACACAGCCGUUGCCACCUCCACCAACCAUGCCAGUUGCCGAACCUCACCUCCCUGCUGUGGCACCACUUCCUGCUGCCCCGGCACCAGUGCAAGCUGCAGCAGUUGUUCCAGUUGUACCUGCGCCCGUGCAGGCGGCCCCUACUCCAGCACCGCUUCCCCCAGCUGCUCCACUUCCCGCUCCUCUUCCUGCUCCUCCCCCAUCUGCCCCACCAACACCCUUGCCAGUGGACCCGAAGAAGACAGUUGAUCCUGAGUUUCUUUCUCUGUUGCGAAAUGAGGGGCUUUCAGAGAGCACCAUCUCGUCGCUCAUACAGCAGGGCUUCGACUCCAGCAGCAUGUUGGCUGUCAUGGAGGAGAACGAUGUCCGCACUGUUGCCCCCAACUUGGGCCAAGCUCGUGUACUAUCCCGCCUGGUCCACAACUGCAAGCGUCCCAUUGAGGCUACGCCAGCCCCCUCACAACCUCAGACACCAAUGCGAGGGCGCUCCAAUAGCUUUAGCCAUCGCUCGGACAUCUACCACCACCACCAGCAGCACCACCCACCACUACCUCCCCAGGCAUUAGCUGUGGAUCCGGGGCUAAUACCCCCGCAGACACCUGGGGCCAUGCAAACAAUCUCUCCAAGAAUGGGAGAAGUAAUGGGUAGGAGGCCCAGCAGUGCCCCUUCUCAGCAUCUCUUGGAAGCUUCUGUGGGCUACCCAGGCCAACCACCUCGUUCCCCGCAGCCGUAUGCUGGAGCUCUCAUGCCUGUUCAGUCGAGGCCCAUGUCUGCCUACUCUUCUGGGGCAACAGUGCCAGGGAUGCCUAUGCAGGGUAUGCAGAUGAUGCCUCAGCAGAUGACUGGGUCAAUGCCUGCCAUACCGGGUUCUAUUCACUCAAUGUCCGGUAUGCCACAGCAGAUGCCCGUGUCCAUGCCAGCUUUACAACAGCCGCCACAGCAGGUACCAAAAGCAUACUUGACCAAUUAUACAGUGCCCAUGGAGCUGAUGAAGCGGGACAGAAGCUUAAUGCCACUGUCGCCCAUGCACAGCCCUCACCCUAGUCCUCAACUCAUUCGAAAGGGUGUGGGACCUGCAACAGAAAAUACCCUUGUCCCUCUGGGAGCGCCUGUUCCAGGCCAAAGUGCCCUGGCUGCUAACCAGAAGCUAAGUCGACGUACGGGUCCUCCAGUCAUCGUGUCCACUAUGGCGUCUCCAGACACAAGUAUCCGGCCCCAGAUCAUGAACGGGCCCAUGCACCCGCGCCCCCUGGUGGCGCUGCUGGAUGGGCGCGACUGCACGGUGGAGAUGCCCAUCCUCAAAGACCUGGCCACUGUGGCCUUCUGCGACGCUCAGUCCACACAGGAGAUCCACGAAAAGGUGCUGAACGAGGCGGUGGGGGCCAUGAUGUACCACACCAUCACCCUGACCAGGGAGGACCUGGAGAAGUUCAAGGCGCUGCGCAUCAUCAUCCGCAUCGGCAGCGGCUACGACAACAUCGACAUCAAGGCCGCCGGCGAGCUGGGCAUCGCCGUCUGCAACAUUCCCUCGGCGGCCGUAGAAGAGACAGCAGACUCGACGCUCUGCCACAUCCUCAACCUCUACCGACGAAACACCUGGCUGUACCAGGCUCUCCGGGAGGGCACGCGGGUCCAGAGCGUGGAGCAGAUCCGGGAGGUGGCGUCGGGGGCGGCCAGGAUCCGGGGGGAGACGCUGGGCCUCAUCGGGUUCGGCCGCUCCGGCCAGGCCGUGGCCAUGCGGGCCAAAGCGUUCGGCUUCAACGUGAUCUUCUACGACCCCUACCUCCAGGACGGCCUGGAGCGCUCGCUGGGCGUCCAGCGGGUCUACACGCUCCAGGACCUGCUCUACCAGAGCGACUGCGUCUCCCUGCACUGCAACCUGAACGAACACAACCACCACCUCAUCAACGACUUCACCAUCAAACAGAUGCGUCAAGGGGCUUUCCUGGUCAACUCUGCACGGGGAGGUCUGGUGGAUGAGAAAGCCUUGGCUCAGGCCCUGAAGGAGGGCAGGAUACGCGGCGCCGCUUUGGACGUGCACGAGUCGGAGCCUUUCAGUUUUUCCCAGGGUCCCCUGAAAGACGCUCCCAACCUGAUCUGCACGCCUCACACCGCCUGGUACAGCGAGCAGGCGUCCCUGGAGAUGAGGGAGGCCGCUGCCACAGAGAUCCGCAGAGCCAUCACCGGCCGCAUCCCCGACAGCCUCCGAAACUGCGUCAACAAGGAGUUCUUUGUGACCACGGCGCCCUGGGGGGUGAUGGAGCAGCAGCAGCCUCAAGUCCACCCUGAGAUCAAUGGUGCCGCCUACAGAUUCCCUCCUGGCGUGGUGGGCGUCGCCCCCGGUGGGCUCCCCGGUCCUCUGGAGGGGUUGGUGCCCGGGGGGGUGCCCAUCGCCGCCCACACCCUGCCCCCCGGUACCCAUCCGUCACAGGCCGCCUCACCCAACCACCCCUCCAAACAUGGCGGCGACGCCAUGAGAGAGCACAUGACUGAGCCGUAGGACUGCUGCUGUCUGCCUGAGCGUCGGGAGAGAACAAAAAACAAAAAAAAAACAAAACAAAC